CUCUUCCCUUCUCUUCCACAGACGCAUCUUUGAACAUUGUAACCCUCUCUCAAAUCUCAGUUUCAAUCUCUCUCCAUAACCGAUAAUGGCUCCCAAGGCGGCAGAGAAGAAACCGGCAGAGAAGAAGCCAGCGGAGAAAUCACCGGCCGAGAAGCGACCAAAGGCGGAGAAGAAGAUCUCGAAGGAAGGCGGAAGCGAGAAGAAGAAGAAGUCGAAGAAGAGCAUCGAGACAUACAAGAUCUACAUCUUCAAGGUCCUCAAGCAGGUUCAUCCCGACAUCGGAAUCUCCGGAAAAGCGAUGGGGAUCAUGAACAGUUUCAUCAACGACAUCUUCGAGAAACUCGCCCAGGAAUCUUCGAAGCUCGCUAGGUACAACAAGAAGCCGACGAUCACGUCUCGGGAGAUCCAGACGGCGGUUAGGCUUGUGUUGCCCGGAGAGCUCGCGAAGCACGCCGUUUCCGAAGGGACGAAGGCGGUUACCAAAUUCACAAGCAAUUAGGCUUCUUUUUUUCUUUGUGUUGAUUCUGGGUUUUCUAAUAUUGAUUGGGCCGUUCUUGUAUAAAUCAAUCUUCUUGAAAUGAUUUUCGAUUGUUGAGAUGUUUGGAAUUUGAAUAAACAGCUUUUCGAGUUA